AUGGUGCCCUAUCCAGACACAACGGGUGAAAACACGCCACUUCUAGCCGAUAAUGGAGCUGCUGAUACUGGAAACACCGGCACUUCGUCAUCACGCGAGGAUCUGUUUGAUUUCUUGGAAGCCAAGACACCAUCAGGGCGCAAAUACGAGGCUGUCAUUAUUGGUCUCAUUGCCAUUAAUGUGCUUUCCUUCAUCCUUGGCAGUCUAUUCCUCGAAGAAUACAAUGAUGCGAGCUGGGCAAGUCGCGAUUCGGGCAUUUGUCAGAAUCUAUGUGACAGCCUGUUCUUUGGAAAUUAUGCGGACAAUGGAUUGGAGCGUUUGCACCUCGGCACUACUUCCAUUCUGGAAAUUGUCACGGUCGUCGUCUUUUCCAUUGAAUACAUCAUGCGACUUUUCAUUUGUGACCUAGAAGAUUCCAAAUAUAAGGGAGCUUCCGGUCGCUUCCGAUACAUCUUUAGCUUCUUUUCCAUUGUUGAUUUGGCUUCGACCCUUCCCUUUUUUGUCGAUGCCAUCCUUGUCGAUAGGGAUGUUGCCGGAUCUGCCUUUUUGAGAAUGUUUCGACUGCUUCGCAUGAUGCGAGUCGAAGGGCGCUAUGAUACUGCCUUGACAAUGGUCGAUGAUGUCUAUGCGGCUCAGAAGGACAUUCUAGGCACUGCCAUUUUCAUUGGAUGUACUACUUGGAUUAGUGUAUCGACUUUGUACUAUGUCGUAGAGCGAAAGUCGCUCGACAUGAUCUACUGUGGCGCUGCUCCUGACUAUUGCCCGGAGGAGGUGGAUACAUCACUGUGUACUAUUGACUCUUGGGGGAUUGCCGAUUGUAGCAAGGCGGACUGUCCUCCUAGUGAAGGAUACCCCGAACCAUGCUACAACAUGUUUCAGAGUAUUCCAAUGGCUAGCUUCUACUCCUUGCUGAAUCUAUUUGGAGAGUUCCCGUUGGUCGACCAGCACAGUGUCGGUGGCAUGAUUGUGGGGACCUUCACGGCCAUCGUGGCGGUUGCUGUCUUCGCUCUUCCAGCAUCUAUUGUGGCAUCUGGCUUUGAGAAUGAAAUCGAAAAGCGAGUUGGUGACAAUGCUCCCGACCUUCCUCCCGACCGAGGAUUGUUGACGCCUGACCAUCAAUCUAAUUCGACUGCACUUCGCGGACGUCUGUACAACUUCUUGCACGCACAAGUUUCGCCUGGAGCUGUUACAUUUGAUUACUUUAUCAAUUUUCUUAUCGUUGGUACAGGUAUCACCUUCUGCGUCGAUACUCUGGAAAUAUCGUCUGUCACAUUGGGUGGACUCAUGGACAUUUUCGAAUUCCUCGCAGUGAUUAUCUUCACUACCGAAUAUGUAGCAAAGCUCUACUGCUGCAAUGAAGACCCCAAAUUUGCAAAUGGAACAACAGGAAUCUUGAUCUACAUUUCAAGUUUCCUUCCCAUGGUCGAUCUGUUGAGUGUGCUGCCAUAUUGGAUUGAAGUCGUGCUCGUUGGAAGUAUUGCAGUCCAGAGUAACUUGGUGAAGGCGCUACGCUUGCUCCGUAUCUUUCGUUUCGAAAAGUACACUAAUGCUUUUAGCAGUUUCGACGACAUCUUGUACCGAAACAAGGACAUUUUGUCUGUGACUGCAUUUACUGCAAUUCUACUUUGGGUUUUCUUUGCCGCAUUCUUGUACCUGACUGAACGAGACAAUCCCGACGAAGAGAUGUCUUCCAACUAUAGUACCGUUCCAAAUUCAAUGUGGAUGACACUUUUGAAUCUUUCUGGAGAGGCACCACUGUGUCAGUAUUCUAUUCCGGGCAAAGUUGCUAUAGGAAUUCUUGGUUUAUUUGCCACAGCCAUUUUCGGCAUUCCAAUUGGUGUUCUUGGCGCUGGCUUUGAGAACAUUCUGGCAGAAGAACACGAAGACAACAAUCAAGAGCUUCAACAAGCCGAUCUUCACGCUGCUACUCAAAACGCAGUAAGCAUCGCCGCAUCACGCAUAGAAGACGAGUGCUACAAGUUGACUGAAGGCAUUGGGUCGGCGGUCGCACGAGCGUUUGAAGGUACCAUUUUCUUUCUUAUUUUUGCUGGCGUAGCCAUUGGUGUCCUACAAACUGUGGCAGGACACAAGGAUGAUUUGAGCGAGAUUGAAGCUGUUAUCGUGGUUGUGUUCACUCUGGAGUAUAUUCUGCGGUUCAUUGGGGCAGGUGCUAAUCCAGAGUUCAUGCUUGAAUCUAGAGACGGGUUUAAGUCCCGUGUUCGCUACGUCUUCAGCUUUUAUUCCAUUGUCGAUCUACUCAGUUUCGUGCCAUUUUAUCUUGCUUUGGCACUUCCAGGAUCGAUCGUGGACGACUACGAUGAAUAUCUCAGAAUGUGUCGUAUUUUACGUCUUUUGAAGCUCGAUAAAUAUGUUCCAAGUAUCAGUUUGAUCGAUGAUGUUGUGCGACUAAAAUUCAACGCCCUUCGGGUAGCACUAUUUGCGUCGCUGUCCCUUUGGAUCCUCUUUGCUGCACUCAUCUACGUCUUCGAGAGCAGCGAUACAUUCAACGGCAUCGACCCCGUGCCAGCAUAUGGAUGUACAGAGGACUGUACUAUGUCAGACCGAUUUCAAAACUUUUUCGACAGCAUGGUGUACACUGGGGUCCACUUGACAGGAGACUUUCCGAUCACCGAGUAUACUUGGCCAUCACGUUUCAUCCAAUUCUUGAUUGUAAUCGCUGCAGUUGGUGUAGUAUCGAUUCCUUCAGCAUUAAUUGCUACUGGUUUCGUUGAAAUCGUACAAAGCAAGAUCAAAACCAAGAACGCUCGAAAUCAAGGAACAACGAACACUGCAAUUGCGGGAAUUGCUGGAGAUGAUUGGUAUGAAGUGGCCUAUCGUCAGCUUGAGGGUGUCGAGCCACCGCCGAGCAAAUUUGGCCCUACAGUGGACAAAUAUCAAGUAAUGGUGAAUGAGUUCCUGAAUGGAAAGGAGGACGAAAGUGGAAAUGUACAAUUCACAUCACUUGCAUCAGCGUCAAGAGCAUUUAUCUUCACAGUAAUCAUCUUGAAUAUUGUUGCCGUGCUAUUGGAGAGUAUACCGACUAUCGACAGCCGUGUCGGGAAUCAAAAGGGCAACCUCUUUGAUGUCUUCGAGUUCGUUUCUGUCAUGGUGUUUGCUGCUGAAUAUGCUGCACGGCUCUUUUGUGCUCCAAAGAAUCGUGAGGCACUCUAUUCAAGUGCCGUCUAUGCGACUACUUUUUUCGGAAUCGUCGACUUUCUCUCCACAGCACCUUGGUUUAUUGAGCAAGGACUGUUGGCAUCAGGUGUGCUGAAACCAGGUGAUGAUAUAGCAAUGAUUUUCCGUAUCUUCAGGAUUUUCCGAAUCUUGCAAUUGGAGGAUUUCUUCGUUGCCUUCAGCAAGCUCGACAAUGUUUUCCGAGCAUCGAAGGAUAUUCUUAAGGCAACUGGUCUGAUGGCUCUCAUCAUAUGGGUGGGAUGCGCGGCUCUCUUCUUCAUUGUUGAGGAGAAUAAUCCAAACUGGCGACAGUGCGACGACUCUGUGCCGCCCACAUCAAAUCAUACGAUCCCGGGGUGUUAUGAUUUCAAAUCGACUGCCGAAUGCAACGAAUUUUAUCCUGGCCUCUGCGAACAAAAGGUGUUUACGAACAUGCCAAACACUCUAUACUUGACUGCAGUUUUCCUAGGAGGGGAAUGGGGGGUUAUUGAUUUCACUUGGCCUGGCCGUAUUGUUUGCUUGUUCUUGUGCGUAUGUGGUAUCGGACUCUACGCCAUUCCGAUUGGCGCACUGUUUGAUAGUUUUGGUGCCGUGCUUGGGCUGGCUGAAACGGAGGAAGAGUUUGUUGAAGAAGAAGCAUAA